CCGUAGUGAGCCGCAGAAACGCAGCAAUAGUAGCUCCGCCCUCCGUUGCUGCAGUUCCUCAGAAGCACUGGCUGCAGAGUAAACCUUUGCCCUGAGCGCUCUGCUAAAACACCAACCAGCGAGCAUUUAUUUUUUAUUUUUCCCUGAUUGCUAUUGAGGAGUAUGCAUGCGGAUUAUGGACAGGAUUAAUGAAUGACCGUCAAUAUGGAUUAAUCAUCCGAUUAAGGUCUGCAGAACGGACGGCUUGUCUGCACGCUGCUUCCAUAAUAGCUCUGCAAUGUAUCAAGCGCUCCGGACGUCUUUACUGUCAAGCGCCCGUUGCUGGGAUGCCGACAGUGAGCGGUCCUACCAGGUUCUCUUUGAUAAACUUGACACCAAUAAAGAUGGCAGGGUGGAUGUGGCUGAAUUACGAGCGGGCCUUAAGGCGAUGGGGAUGUUUCGCCACGGUGCAGCACAGAAAAUCGUGUCAUCUGGAGACCGGAACAAGGAUGGGUGUUUGGACUUUAACGAGUUUACCAAAUAUCUGAAGGAGCAUGAGAUGAAGCUGAUGCUGACAUUCAAAAGUCUGGACAGAAACAACGAUGGGCACAUUGAUGCCACAGAGAUCCAGCAGGCCCUUGCAGAACUGGGCAUAGAUAUCAGCAGGAAACAUGCAAUGAAAAUCUUACAAAGCAUGGACAUCGAUGGAACCAUGAUGGUCGACUGGAACGAGUUCAGAGAGCACUUCCUGUUGUAUCCUGCCUUCAACCUGGAAGAGAUCAUCCGCUACUGGAAGCACUCCUCGUUCCUGGACAUUGGUGACAGCCUCUCCAUCCCGGAUGAGUUCACGGAGGAAGAGAAGAGAUCAGACGAGUGGUGGAAGCAGCUGGUUGCUGGUGCUGUGGCGGGCGCCGUGUCUCGCACGGGGACGGCCCCUCUGGACAGGCUCAAGGUCUUCAUGCAGGUUCAUUCCUCCAAAAAGAACAAGAUCAGCCUGAUCGGGGGGCUGAGACAGAUGAUUGUAGAAGGAGGUCUGACGUCGUUGUGGCGAGGAAACGGGAUCAACGUUUUAAAGAUCGCACCUGAGACCGCAAUCAAGUUCAUGGCCUACGAACAAUAUAAGAAGUUGUUAACUUCAGAGGGAAAGAAGAUAGAGACUCAUAAGCGGUUUAUGGCAGGGUCUCUGGCUGGGGCCACAGCACAAACAGCCAUCUACCCAAUGGAGGUUUUAAAGACUCGGCUGACCUUAAGGAAAACCGGCCAAUACGCGGGAAUGUUUGACUGUGCCAAGAAGAUCCUGAGGAAGGAGGGGGUCAUUGCUUUUUAUAAGGGCUACAUUCCAAACUUAAUAGGCAUCAUUCCCUAUGCAGGGAUAGACCUCGCAGUUUAUGAGACUCUGAAGAGCACUUGGUUGUCUCAUCACGCCAAAGACUCAGCUAACCCUGGAGUUCUGGUGCUGCUGGGUUGUGGAACCAUCUCCAGUACCUGCGGCCAGCUCGCCAGCUAUCCUCUGGCUCUCAUACGCACACGGAUGCAGGCACAAGCGUCUCUAGAUGUGUCAGACCAGCCCUCCAUGAGUUCUCUGCUGAGGACGAUUGUAGCCAAAGAUGGUUUCUUUGGGCUCUACCGAGGCAUCCUGCCAAAUUUUAUGAAAGUCAUUCCUGCUGUCAGCAUUAGCUAUGUGGUUUACGAGUACAUGAAGACCGGCUUAGGGAUCUCAAAAUGA